CGCACACGUCAUAUGUAUGCGUCAACAAUGCAAAGCAUGUUAAGAGAUGCCAUUCUCAGGGUAAAUGUUAGCUAGCUUGUGGUUAACAGUAAAUUAAUUGUUCUUUAAUGGUUGAUGUAUUCAUCAGAGAAUAUGUUGGUAUUUCGUCCUCUUUAAAAUCUGGAAUAUGAGACUCCUUACCAUGACAUGGCUGAGACUCCCUUGCCCUUUGACCUCCCGCUGCCUGCUGUCACAUUGCCAUGGCAACCAGGCGAUGGGAAAACCUUGGAGCAGAGGUGUCUCUCGAAGGGCGUCGACCAUGACCUGCAGAGCUCUCCCUACAUGCCCGCUGGGCUCCAGGCUGGGGUCCCCAUUGGCCAUGCUGCCCCUGAAGCUUCAGCCCUGCAGGGCUUUGAGCUCAGCACGGCCCGGUUGGUAUGAGAGUGUGGCGGACUCCGCCCCCGUGCACCUAACCGAGCAGCUCCUCGUCUCUGCCCAGCAGCUGACGGGGCUUCCCUGGUGGGCCAGCAUCCUGUGCACCACGCUGGCACUGCGCACCACCAUCACCCUGCCCCUUGCCGUCUACCAGACCCUCAUCAUUGCAAAGGUUGAAGCCCUGCAGAAAGAGAUUGCGGAGAUAGCCAAGCAGCUAAGCUACGAGAUCUCGGUGCGAGCCAAAGAGAAGCACUGGUCUGAGAAAACCUGCAGGUACCAUUUCAGGAAGAACCUGCAGCGGGUCGUGUCCGAGUUGUACAUCCGGGACAACUGCCACCCGUUUAAGACCAGCCUGCUCAUCUGGGUGCAGCUGCCCAUGUGGGUGGGUGUGUCUCUCGCCCUGCGCAACCUCAGUGUCGGAGUGGAACACAUUCCUGGCGGCUUGCUGGAGCAGCUGGCAGCAGGGGGCACUCUGUGGUUUCCAGACCUCACACUCCCAGACUCCACCUGGGUCAUUCCUGUAUCUCUGGGCCUUGUUAAUCUGCUCAUCACUGAGAUAUUUGCCCUGAGGCAGCUAGAGUCUUCCAAGUUCCAGAAGUACAUGACCAACUUCAUUAGGGCAAUCUCGGUGGUGAUGGUCCCUUUAGCUGCCACUGUUCCCUCUUCCAUGGCGUUGUACUGGCUGUGCUCCAGCUGUGUUGGCCUGGGACAUAACCUUCUCCUGCGGUCGCCGCGAUUCCGUGCUCUCUGCCGGAUCCCACUGACGCGUUCAGAUUCAGCCACACCAUACAGGGACAUUGCAACGGCCCUCAUGACCAAGGCGGGGUUAAGUUUCGUCCUCUCGUUCCAGAAGGACACGCUCGCCCCAGAACCGCGGGGCACCGGGGCUGGGACGGUAAUGCGCUUGAGCAUGUUUUGGACUUUAGUUUUCGGGGUGACGCUGCCCUUUGCCGCCGCUGCGGGCCGCGUUCCCCGCACCUGCGGCACGUGCGACGCAAGCUCGUGCGCCCCGCUGCCAGCCGACGGCUGUGCGUCCGGCACGGUUCCCGACGCGUGCGGUUGCUGCUCGGUCUGCGCCGCGGGCGCCGGUGAGCCGUGCGGCGGGCGCGGCUCCGCGGCCCAGCGGUGCGCGCCUGGCCUGGAGUGCGUAAAGGGGAAGAAGAGCAAACGCGGCGUGUGCUCCUGCAAGAGCGACUACGAAGUGUGUGGUAGCGACGGCGUGACCUACAAGACCGGCUGCGACCUGAAAGCCGCCAGUCUGAGAGCGGAGAGUGAGAGGAAGCCCGCGAUUCAAGUUCAGAACAAGGGCAAAUGUAUGCAAGCGCCCGUCAUCGUGACCGCUCCCAAAGAGGUGUGGAACGUGACCGGCUCCCAGGUCUACCUCGGCUGCGAGGUCAUCGGAAUCCCCACGCCCGUGCUCACCUGGAGGAAGGUGAGCGGUGAUGAACCGACGACGCUGUUUUUGCCUGGCGACCGCGACAACAUGGCCAUCCAGACUCGCGGAGGCCCCGAGAAGCAUGAGGUCACAGGUUGGGUGCUGAUCUCACCGCUCACGAAGGGCGAAGCAGGCCUAUAUGAAUGCCACGCCAGCAACAGCCUGGGAGAGGCGUCAGCCGUGGGCGCCAUCCACGUGGUGGACUCCAUCUCUGACAUCCUCUCCAAGAAGGUGGUCAAGGAAGAUGAGCUGUAAGGUGUGUGGGUGUACCCUGACGGAUUCUUCUGCAGGAUCAGACACCAACUACACACGGCUGUAUGACUACACACCCUGUAAUAUGUACACACGUACGAGCAAGCACAAACACACACACUACAAAGAUGUAUACCGCAUAGCACUGCAUAGCAGGGUCACUAUAUAUUGGCAUACAAUCACACUUUACACAGUGCACAACAGAAUUAACACUCAUAAAUCUGCUUCAGAUUGCUCCACACACACACACACACACACACACACACACACACACACACACACACACACACUGUGGGCCAGCUAUAUAGCUGCGUAAUGCCAUCAACACACAGGCGCAUAAGAGUUUUACUCAAUGGGUGUUUGCGUGACCUGUCCAAAACCUGACCCAAACUUUUCUAUCAACUUUAUCCUUCCCAGGGAACAUCUACAGCACUAAUCUUAUUCUACAGCACUAAUCAGAAUGUUCUACCAAAGAUGGGCAAGACACGCACACAAACACCUCCACAUCAACACAUCAGAGCAUUUAGGGUCAAUGUGCAACAUCUCCAUGUAAUCACACGUGGGCACAGCAAACAUGCAUCUCACCCCUCUAUCAUGGCCUUCCCAGCCUCUGUUAAGACAAUGUUUUUAGUUUUAUUUGUCUCCCUUCACACACUUCACAUAUUGGUUCACUUUCAGAGGUCAUGCUCACAUAGCUGAGGAACGCCAGGGACAUGUUGUCAAGUAGAAAGUGUUUUAGAUGCAAGUUGGGUCACGCAGACAUACAUACACAUGAAACACCAGGCACUUAAUCUACCUUCACAGCAUGCACUUCCUCUUUGUUUUUAUAUUGCUAAAGUAUUGGUGAUUUGAGUAUUGGUGCUAUAUUUGGAAUCUGGCAUGUAAAAAAACAGGACUUUUAUUUGGAUUAGUGUUUAAAAGGGUUGCAGGGAUAUGCAUUUACUCGGCAGGCGAUGCAAAAAGUUAUAUAGGAAAGUACGAAGCAAAUAUCGUAAAGUGUUUCCUCACUUAUGAUGACAUCCUCAAGUCCCAAGAUGCUAAAAGCCAACCUUAAACAAUCACACACAUGCACACCACGUCACAUAUUCAUAUACUUAAGCCAACAUGUGCGAACUGUUAACUAUCUCAGAAUGACAAAUUUGGUCUUGGGUGCCAUGACUUUACCCCUUGUUUGGUGUUUGUGGUGUUGUGUUGGCAGUGCUGGUGGACCCACAUUAUAUGUUUUUUUUUUAAACAGCCAUAACAAUUUAUGUAAUAAUAUUUAAAAUAUGUUGCCCUUAUUUCGAUUACAAACAAUCUAGACAGCAUAUAUGGUUAUUUGCCAUUUACCCCUGCUGGAUACGUUUUAUUAAUUGCUAUUCAUUUUGUGAUAAAAUGAUUUUUCUAAAAUUAAAAAAACUAAAUGUGUGGAAUAAAUCAUGUUUAUCUUGAAUAAAUAACAAUACAUUUUGAUCAUUAGUAACUAUUUAAAACAGCUCAGACCCAAACAACGCACAAGGCUGAAAUUCGUAGCUUUUGAAUUGUCUUUCUCUUUAGAUACCCAACGUAUCAUUAUGAAUAACUCAUGCAGUGCCCCCUUUUGUAGAUAAGAACACGUUCAAGCCCCCCCAAAACACCCUGACCAUACAGGUCUUUUGCUUCAUUCACUCCCCACUUUGGGAACCACUGAACUAAUGUAUUUCUACAAGUUAUGCAUGUUCACUAAAGAACAAAGAAAUAAAAAGGUUAUGGAAGUUG